AGUCCGGGCGAUCUGCGUGGCAUCUCCCACCAGUCAACAAAAGGAUCAGUCAACCAUGACUGUCAGUCGCUCGACCGAGCGUUGUACACUUGUACACCACCACAUCUGCCAAGAUCCUCGAUCGAUCCACAGCUGAAUCAUUACUGACAACUCAACCAUUUGCGUGGCCGCGCGCAGCUCUGGUCUGCUCCGGUCAGACAGACAUGGCGGUCGGCGUCGGCGUCCUCUCCGGGAGCUCCGGCGGCGGCAACGGGAGGGUCACCGCCUUCGUGGUGCUCUCGUGCAUCACCGCGGGCAUGGGCGGCGUCAUCUUCGGCUACGACAUCGGGAUCGCAGGCGGCGUGUCGUCGAUGGAGCCGUUCCUGAAAAAGUUCUUCCCGGAGGUGUACCGGCGGAUGAAGGGCGACGGUAGCAUCAGCAACUACUGCAAGUUCGACAGCCAGCUGCUGACUGCCUUCACUUCCUCGCUCUACGUCGCCGGCCUCCUCACCACUUUCCUCGCGUCCACGGUCACAGCCCGGCGCGGCCGCCGCCCGUCCAUGCUCCUGGGCGGCGCCAGCUUCCUCGCGGGCUCGGCCGUGGGCGCCGCGGCCGUGGACAUCUACAUGGUCAUCCUCGGCCGGGUGCUCCUCGGGGUCGGCCUGGGCUUCGCGAACCUGGCCGUGCCGCUGUACCUGUCGGAGAUGGCGCCGUCGCGGCACCGCGGCGCGUUCAGCAACGGCUUCCAGCUGAGCGUCGGGGUCGGCGCGCUCGCGGCCAAUUUGAUCAACUUCAGCACGCAGAAGAUCAGGGGCGGGUGGGGGUGGCGCGUGUCGCUGGCACUCGCCGCCGUCCCCGCUGCGCUUCUGCUCGUCGGCGCCAUCUUCCUCCCGGAGACGCCCAACAGCCUGAUCCAGCAAGGCAGAGACCGUCAGGACGUGGCCGUGCUGCUGCGGAAGAUCCGCGGCACGGAUGACGUGGACGCCGAGCUGGACGACAUCGUGGCCGCCGCGGCAGCUAACAGCGAAGGGGCAGCCGGAAGUGGCCUGCGGAUGCUGCUCACUCAGCGUAAAUACCGGCCUCAGCUGGCGAUGGCCGUGAUGAUACCCUUCUUCCAGCAGGUGACGGGGAUCAACGCGAUCGCGUUCUACGCGCCGGUGCUGCUGCGCAGCAUCGGCAUGGGCGAGUCGGCGUCGCUGCUGUCGGCGGUCGUCACGGGCGUCGUCGGCGCGGGCUCCACCUUCCUCUCCAUGUUCCUCGUCGACCGGUUCGGGCGCCGCACGCUCUUCCUGGCGGGGGGCGCGCAGAUGCUGGCGUCGCAGGUGCUCAUCGGCGGCAUCAUGGCCGCGAAGCUCGGGGACGACGGAGGGGUGAGCAAGGCGUGGGCCGGGGUGCUCGUGCUGCUCAUCGCCGUCUACGUGGCCGGGUUCGGGUGGUCGUGGGGCCCGCUGGGGUGGCUCGUGCCCAGCGAGAUCUUCCCGCUGGAGGUGCGCUCGGCGGGGCAAGGGGUGACGGUGGCCGUGAGCUUCGUGUUCACGGUGGUCGUGGCGCAGGCGUUCCUGGCCAUGCUGUGCCACAUGAGGGCCGGGAUAUUCUUCUUCUUCGCGGCGUGGCUGGCGGCCAUGACGGCGUUCGUGUACCUCCUCCUGCCGGAGACGAAAGGGGUGCCGAUGGAGCAGAUGGCUGCCUUGUGGGCCGAGCACUGGUUCUGGAAGCGGGUCCUCCUGGGCUCCGAGGAGGCGCCAACAGCGAGCGGGAAACUCUGAAGAAACAGAGCAAUGUUUUUAGAACAAAGGAGAUCAGCACGCGUUGCAUAUCUGCACGCACGUUGUACCAACCCUGAUCACGAGGCACAUGUGUGGCCAUUUGUUUACGCGCCUACCCACGGCAUUUCGAAUCGUUACAAAACUUGUACUCCCUCUUAUUUUAGGAUUUGCAUUAAAACGACGACAACAAUUUAGUAUGGGAGGAAAUAUUGUUUACAAUGGGACCACUUGCGUAUAAUCGAUUUGCUUUUGGCCUGAUCGACUGACAUA